CACAUAACAGUCAUAAAAGACUGGGAUCUGCCUCACAAUUUACAAGCUAUAUAUUUUGGAGAAGAUUCCCUGACCACAAUCGCAGAUCACGCCUUUAUUUAUUCUGCCAAAAGUCUUCAGAGACUCACAUUCUGGUCCAGUAAUCUGAUCUCCCUACCGUGGGCCUUGAUGGACCUCAGUUCUCUCCAGUACUUGUAUUGGUACAAUUGUCCUGUCCUCACAUGGAACUCAACCAUUUUGGCGAGCAUUGGAGCAUCGUUGAAAACUCUACAUCUGUCAAAACAGAGAAUGCCAAUCUUUCCACCAGACUGGCUUAAGUUACUGCCAAAGCUGGAGGCACUUGAGAUGUCUGGGGUUACUUUUGGACAGCUGAGCAGUAAGCCACUGGACCCAUCAGCCAGUCACAUUAAACAUCUGGCCUACCAAGAGUACAACCUAACGAAAAUCCCAGAGGAGGUGGUGGCGCUUUUCCCGGAUUUGACCAGCCUCGAUUUUUCGUUAAAUUCAAUAAGCGAUCUCAACCACCUGAAAGAUUUAAAAGUCCCUCGUAAUUUGUCAGAGUUAGUCCUGGACUACAAUCACAUCGACAAUAUCGGCCCUCUGUUUUAUUUGACAGGUAUUGAGCGUCUCUCUAUAUCUCAUAACAGAAUCUGUGACCACAAGCACAUACCUUACGCCCUAAUACCCAAUGAAAACUCUUUGAGAUCCCUAGCUCUCUCCCUCAACUGCCUUACUCAAAUACCCGACCUGUUAUUUAUGUCUGAAUUGAGAGAUUUAUAUUUGCACUCCAACAAUAUUUCAACCCCAUCGUCGGGUGUGCUCCCUACGUCACUUUCCAGACUUUAUCUACAAAGAAACGUAAUGACGACUAUUCCAGAAUCUAUAUCAAAAUUGUCCAGUCUGUACUAUCUAAAUCUGAACAAUAAUAAAAUCAAAUCUAUGGCAGACUUUGAGUUCCCGACCAGGCUGAUGUAUCUCUACAUCUCAGACAACGACAUAGAAGUAAUUCCCUCACUACAAUUUUCAAACAACAUUUCGAAAUUAACGAACAUGUAUUUAUCAGGAAACCCAAUCAAAACAAUCGCAGACGACGCCUUCAGCAACCUCCAUGAGUUGACCUAUUUAGACCUGAGCAACACACACCUAGUCCGUUUACCCACGGCUCUGUUGACACUAAACAAACUACACACUCUGUUCCUGCCCGACACUCUCACAUGUUCCUGUGAUGACACGGCGUUCACGACAUGGUUCCAGAAUCUGACACGUCUGCGCGGAAAAUGUAACGGUACUGAUCUAAGUCUUAUGUUACAUCAGCUCCCAAGCCAAUGCGCCGUGUCUUGA